CCGAUACGGGUUUUCUUUCAGACCGCAUCACACAAGCGCAGCCGUUAGAUGGCGUCACAGUCUUAGGUCACAUAGGACGGCAAAUACACAGUGAACCCCCAUUUAUCCGUCCAUCCAUUUUCUUUACCGCUUAUACGCGCUUUGAAAGUCUGCGGUACAGAGAGACCACAUUGAGAUGUAGAAUAUAUAAUAUAUAUAGUUUUUCUCUGCAGAAACCAUAUCAUUAUCACAUUUGUAAAAAAAAAAUAAAACUAAAAAAAGUUUGACCCUCCCACACACCCCCUUUCAACUUCUUAAACAGAAUUUUCCAGAACAACUUGGAGAGUAUGGAGAAGGAAAAGGAGCUGCUCGUGAUCCAAACAUAGCCACCUCAUCAGCGAAGCAUGCUGGUGGUAGUGUCAUGGCGUGGGCAUGUAUGGCUGCCAAUGGAACUGAUGGUUCCCUUGUAUUGAUUGAUGAUGUGAGUCAUGCUUGUUUGGGACAAUAUUAUUUGCUCACAUUCGCCCAAAUGCUUCAGAACUCGGUGGACAGAGCUGCACAGUGCAGAUGGACAAUGACCUGAAGCAUUAAGCUAAAAAAACAAAACAAAAAGUGGAAUGUUAUGCAAUGGCCAAGUCAAUCACCUGACCUGAAUCCAAUUGAGUAUGCGAAUCACUUGCUGAAGACAAAACUGAAGGGAAACUGCCCCGAAUACAAGCAGGAAGGGAAGACAGUUGCAGUAGAGGCCUGGCAGAGCAGAUAUUAAAUCCGCGUUCCACACUUCAGGCGUAAUUGACUGCUGGGAUAAGUUCCAGCUCACUCAGACAAGCGUUUUAGAAAAUGGAUGGCUGGAUACUGCAUUAUGAAUCUGUAUAUCACUGACUCGGUGUAUUGUAAAUCACAGAAUGCUCUGCUUUUAGCUUUGACGUGAAGUUUCAGACAGUAAAGUCCAGCUGUAGCUUGAAAGUGGUGGAUAUUCACCAGCCUUGGUGCAUAGUCAUGGGCGGAGAAAUUCGGUGUGGCAGGGAUUUUUUUUAAUUAAUUUUUUUAUCUAAUUCAGAACGGCUCCCUCACAGACACAUUCUCAGCAAUAGGCAGAAAAUAUUUGGCUGUGCAACAUCACACUUGAUGAGUGGCCGAACUCUGCAAAAACCCACUAUUUGUAUCCAUUACAUUAAAACGCAAUAAAAUGUUAAUUUUCCAUAAUAUGUUUCCUUUAAAGAACUGGACUACUUUAACUUUGUUUUAAAUUCCAAUGACCUUUGACCCACAGGGUACAAGGUAGGGUAUUGCAUAAAGAGGAUGGGGAGCUAUUUGCACCUUGAACCCCCAACCACCUCAUCCUUCUCUUGUCAGAUAUUCAAAUUUAACAGCAUCAAACCCCAGAGGUUUGAUGAGGUUAUGUUAACAAACAAACAAAAAAACUUUAAAAAAAGAAAUGAACUCCCAUCUCAAGAAAUAGCUGCAGAGGGUGACUCAUUUGUUCAGACCGCAGACCAGAAAGAGAGAGAUGGAGAGGAACAACCACCUUCAGUGACUGCCAAACUUGUGAGGCCAACCUCUCUCCUCUUCACCCCUCCCAUCUCAUUCUUUCCUAUGAGCACUCAAAUACAUUUGUACAGUAUACACACAGCAACAGGCUGAACGGUGCUGGUGAUCACAAAAGGACCCUGGGAUCUCUACAUAGCAAAUAUUCAACAAAGUUUCAGCUGAUUUACACUUCUUCUGAACCAUUUAAAAGGCAGAAUCGAGAUUGAGAGAUGGCAACACCAAAAAACACUCCUCGAGGUGCAAGCACACCCCUUUCCCCCAACCGCAUCACCCGUCUCCAGGAGAAGGAGGAUCUCAGCAACCUCAACGACCGUCUGGCUGUUUACAUCGACAAGGUCCGUUCCCUGGAGAUCGAGAACGCCGGCCUGCGUCUGCGCAUCACUGAGUCCGAGACCGAAGUGUCUCGGGAGCUGACGGGCCUCAAGGCCGCCUACGAGACGGAACUGGCGGAUGCCCGUAAGACUCUGGACUCUGUGGCCAAAGAGCGUGCACGUCUGCAGCUGGAGGUGGGCAAGCUGAGAGAGGAUUACAAGGAGCUAAAAGCAAGGAACACUAAAAAAGAAUCCGAUCUGGCAGGAGCACUGUUGAGACUUAAAGACUUGGAGGCCUUGCUGAACUCCAAGGAUGCGUCUUUGACUACCGCAUUAGGAGAAAAGCGUAGCCUUGAGACAGAAAACAGGGACCUGAAGACGCAGGUUGCUAAGCUCGACACCAGCCUGGGCGAUGCCAGAAAGCAACUGCAGGAUGAGAUGCUGAGGAGGGUGGAUGGAGAGAAUCGCAUUCAGACCCUCAAAGAGGAGCUGGAGUUCCAGAAGAACCUCCAUUCUGAGGAGCUGCGUGAGGUAAAGCGACGCCAUGAGUCUCGUAUGGUCGAGUUGGACACCGGCCACCAACAAGACUUUGAAAGCAAACUGGCUGACGCCUUGAUGGAGAUGCGAGGCCAGCAUGAACUACAAGUUAAACUCUACAAGGAUGAGCUGGAGAAGACCUACAAUUCCAAGCUGGAAGGCGCACGUCAGUCGGCGGACCGCAGCAGCCAUCUGGUGGGCGCAGCGCACGAGGAGCUCCAGCAGACGCGGGUGCGCAUGGAGUCCAUGUCGGCUCAGCUCAGCCAGCUGCAGAAACAGCUUGCAGCUCGUGAUGCAAAGGUGAAGGACCUGGAGGAGGCUCUGUCUAGAGAGCGGGACGCCAUGCGUCGCCUUCUGGGAGAGAAAGACCGAGAAAUGGCCGAGAUAAGGCAGCGGAUGCAGCAACAGCUGGAUGAAUAUCAGGAGCUAAUGGAUGUCAAGCUGGCUCUCGAUAUGGAAAUAUGUGCCUACAGGAAGCUGCUUGAGGGCGAGGAGGAGAGGCUGCGUCUUUCUCCAAGUCCACCACCGACAAGGAUGACAGGAAAUCGCUCCUCGACUGCGUCGGCUCAUUCCCGAUCCUUCAACUGCGGUGCUCAGACCUCUCCCACAAAGAGGCGGCGCCCCAACGACACGGACAGCGAGGCCUCGAGCUUCGCUGGCGGUGCUGUGGCUCGUACCCGCAUCACCCAGCAGGCCUCUGCCAGCGGGCGUGUCACUGUGGAUGAGGUGGACCAGGAUGGCAAAUAUGUCCGACUCAGCAAUAAAGCUGAUGAGGAUCAGAAUUUGGGCAACUGGCAGGUGAAGCGCCAGGUUGGAUCUUCAGCACCGAUUGCAUUCAAAUUUCCCGCAAAGUUCAUCUUGAAGGCCGGCCAGAGGGUCACGAUCUGGGCGGCUGGUGCAGGGGGACACCACAAUCCUCCCUCUGAUCUGGUCUGGAAGACACAGCCCAACUGGGGCACUGGAGAUCAGUUUCAGACCACCUUGAUCAGCGCUAAUGGAGAGGAAAUGGCGAUGAGGAAAGUCACUCGCACACAUUUGGAAGAUGAUGAUGAUGACAUGCAGGUGGCUCACAGCACCUGUGGGGACAGCGAGUACAAUCUGCGUAGUCGUACAGUUCUGUGCGGCUCCUGCGGCCUCCCCUCGGACAAGUCCAACAACUGUAGCACCGUGUCCUCAGCGUCCCGCUCCUUCCGCAGUGGUGGCAUCUCAGAGGGUUUGUUGCCCCAUUCGUACGUGUUCGGGAGCAGCACACCUUGCAAGAGUGGAACACAAAUUGAGAAAUGUCCAAUAAUGUGAGGCCUUGGAUCGUUGGUGUUCAUUUUUCAUACCAAUUCAUUUAUAUAUUUAGGUUUCUUUUAUAUAAGUUUGUACAUAUAAUCUGCAAAUUGAUUUACCCUCCAAAUGUACAUAAGCAUGCUUAUGGAAAUUGGAAAGGCAAUUAUAUAUGAACUGUAGUUUCAUACAGAAUUUGGACAUCUUAACAUAACUGUUAGGACUUUUUUUCCUUAAAAAUAGUUAAAACUACUACUUUUGUACUACUCAUAUCAAAAGGCCAUUUAUAAAUGUAGCACUUUUUCACAACUAUUUUCAAUAAAAUGUGCUUACUCAUUCA